AUGGGAGACAAAUCUUCCCCAGCCGCUCGCACGCCGGCUAAAACUCCCACCUCGCUCAAGCGGCAGCCAUCUUCAGCUGGGGGUACUCAAAAGACCAUCAUGCAGUUCUUUUCUAAGCCUGCUAGUUCUGUCUCUCGUUCAACCCCCAAGGCUGCUGCACCGGCUCCCGACUCGUCCCCAUGCUUGAAAGAGUCGACGCGAACGAACUCGCUCCCCAAGUCUAAGCCACCUCCGAGCUUUACCCCAGUACCCAGUAGCGAUGCUCUGGAACCUUCGAGCUCCCAGGAAAACAUAGGCAGUACAGGACUCAAGAUCUCAAGUACCAGACCAAUUCUGGCAUCCUCGAGCCCUACGCGCAAGUCGAGAAAGCCGGUUAAUUAUGCAGAACCAUCCGACGACGAAGACGAAGACCCAUUUGUUCGUAUUCGAGCUGCAGGCUCGCGCAGCCGCACUAAGACACCAGCUGUACCGGUUGACGAUGGCGAUGACUAUGAGGACGCCGAGAGCAAUGAUGCAGUCGAUGAGGAUGAUGAAAUGGCCGAUUUCGUCGUAUCUGACGAGUCAGACGGUCCAUCCCGCUCCAAAAAGAGGAAGCGCCGUGACACUACCAAGACGACCCAAUCACGAAAGAAAACAACGGUCUCGUCUCCUAUCAAAGAAGAAGAGCAUUACGAAGAGGACGAGACUAUGGAAGAAAUACCGUCCACUUCAACGGCCCAGAAGUGGCGCUAUGAUCCAAACCAUGUUGCUUCCGGUAGCCCUCGGACCUCCAAUAGUCCCGCAAUGCGCCGACCAGCAGUCUCUAAUCGCAAGGAGAAGCCUCACACCAAAGAGCCCGAGGACCGCUAUCCUUGGUUGGCCAACAUUCAGGACAUCAACCGGAACCCCCCCGGUCAUGCUGAACACGAUCCUUCUUCCAUCUACAUACCUCCCGGAGCGUGGAACAAGUUCUCACCAUUCGAGAAACAAUACUGGGAGAUAAAGCAGAAGCUCUGGGAUACUGUCGUCUUCUUCAAGAAGGGAAAGUUCUACGAGCUUUACGAAAACGAUGCGACCAUCGGGCAUCAGCUUUUUGAUCUGAAGCUCACUGAUCGUGUCAACAUGCGCAUGGUCGGUGUUCCCGAGAGCUCUCUCGACAUGUGGGUCAACCAAUUCGUCGCCAAAGGCUACAAGGUUGCCCGAGUCGAUCAAAUGGAGUCUGCUCUGGGUAAAGAGAUGAGGGAGAGAGAUGACUCCUCCGCUAAGGGAAAGAAGGCCGACAAGAUUAUCCGCCGUGAGUUGGCUUGCAUUCUGACAGGAGGUACUCUUGUAGACGGAAGUAUGUUGCAGGAUGAUCUGGCGACGUACUGCGCUUCUAUCAAGGAGUCAGUCAUCGACGGCAACCCUGCGUUUGGAAUCACGUUUGUGGACUGUGCAACUGGACAGUUCUUCAUUUCAGAAUUUGAAGAUGAUGCCGACCUGACAAAGUUCGAGACUUUCGUUGCCCAGACCAGUCCUAGAGAGCUCAUCCUGGAAAAGUCUCGGCUUUCGACCAAGGCUAUUCGAAUUCUCAAGAAUAACACAUCUCCGAUGACCAUUUGGAACUAUCUCAAGCCAGGCACUGAGUUUUUGGAUGCCGACAUGAGCCGCCGAGAAAUCACAAGCAGUGGAUACUUUUCAAAGGAAGACGACGAUGACGAGGUUUUGCCGGAGACUCUGGCGCAAGCCCAAGGCAAAGAUCUGCUCAUGUCCGCUCUUGGUGGCUUGAUUCAUUAUCUCAAGUUUUUAAAGCUUGAAGGAAGCCUGCUGUCGCAGGGCAAUUUUGAGUGGUAUACCCCUAUUCGCCGCAACGGCACGCUCAUCUUGGAUGGCCAGACAUUGAUCAACCUGGAGAUUUUCUCCAACACUGUGAAUGGCGGGCAUGAGGGCACCCUCUUCACAUUACUGAAUCGAUGUGUCACACCAUUCGGCAAACGUCUGUUCCGCCAGUGGGUGUGCCAUCCACUUUGUGAUAUCCAGCGGAUUAAUGAGCGGCUUGAUGCUGUCGACAUGCUCAACUCUGACCGAGGUGUACGAGAGCAGUUUUCGUCACAGAUGACCAAGAUGCCAGACUUGGAACGCCUGAUUUCGAGGAUUCACGCCACACUGUGCAAGCCAGAGGACUUCGUGCGCGUACUGGAAGGGUUCGAACAGAUCGAGUACACUAUGGGACUGUUGGGUGCCUUUGGUGGAGGUAACGGCCUCGUCGACCGGCUUCUCUCUUCGAUGCCUAACCUGAGCGAACCUCUAUCCUACUGGAAGACGGCGUUCGAUCGAAAGAAGGCCAGAGAUGAACGGUUGCUCAUUCCUGAGCGCGGCAUUGAGGAGGAUUUCGACAACAGCCAGGACCGUAUCGAAGAGAUCAAACAGGAGCUGCAAUCGCUUCUAGGGAGCAAAAAGUCAGAACUGAAGUGCAAGGCCAUUAAGUUUACUGAUAUUGGCAAGGAGGUGUACCAAAUUGAGGUUCCCAAAGCGGUCAAGGUGCCGAACAAUUGGCGCCAAAUGUCAGCAACCGCGAGCGUCAAGCGUUACUACUUUCACGAGCUCACGGAUUUGGUUCGAGAACUUCAAGAGGCAGAGGAGACUCAUUCUCAGAUUGUUAAAGAAGUUGCUGUACGCUUCUUCCGGCGUUUCGACGCUGACUAUGAGACUUGGGCCCAGUCGAUCCGAAUCAUAGCUCAGCUUGACUGUCUCAUCAGUCUUGCUCGGGCAUCAGCGUCGCUAGGUGAACCUAGUUGCCGGCCGGAGUUUGUCGACCAAGAGAGGAGCGUUGUUGAAUUCGAGGAACUUCGCCACCCUUGCAUGCUAGACACAGUGGCCGACUUCAUCCCCAAUGAUGUCAAGCUGGGAGGUCAAACCGCCAACAUCAACCUGCUGACCGGUGCGAACGCUGCUGGCAAGUCAACUGUACUACGAAUGUCUUGUAUUGCAGUUAUCAUGGCACAAAUUGGAUGUUAUGUUCCCGCCUUGUCCGCAAGGCUUACUCCAGUUGACCGUAUCAUGUCACGGUUGGGUGCAAACGACAACAUUUUUGCUUCACAGUCGACUUUCUUUGUCGAGCUGUCGGAGACGAAAAAGAUUCUGUCGGAAGCCACUCCACGAUCUCUAGUUAUCUUGGACGAGCUUGGACGUGGUACCAGCUCUUACGACGGAGUAGCUGUUGCGCAAGCUGUUCUGCACCAUGUAGCCACACAUGUAGGCUGCAUGGGCUUUUUCGCAACUCACUACCAUUCUCUCGCCACGGAAUUCGAGAAUCACCCUGAAAUCAGACCACGCCGCAUGCAGAUCCAUGUUGAUGAAGAACAGCGUCGCGUCACAUUUCUGUACAAGUUGGAGGAUGGUAUCGCGGAGGGCAGUUUUGGAAUGCACUGUGCAGCCAUGUGUGGCAUCUCUAAUCGUGUUAUUGAGAGAGCCGAGGUUGCAGCUAAAGAGUGGGAGCAUACUAGCAGGCUUAAGGAGAGCCUGGAAAAGGCCAGAUCAGGUUGCUACAUCCCUCUGGGUAUGCUUAGCGACGUGGCAUCGUUACUCAACGGCGGUGAUGAAGUCGGCAAAAGGGGUGUCGAGGUCUUGCUUAAAGCUGUCGAGGCACUGUGA